UGUGUAGGUUAUAUGUGAUGUUGUGAUGUUGUGACGCAGUGUGCGUCGAUUCUACCAACCUGGACUGUAUAUACACAUAUGGACUGUAUACACUACAGGAUACUCUGGACAUUCAAAAAGGGACAUCAGGACAGAAACGAAUUCCGAUCGAGCAAAUUGGGUCUAACAAGUAACUUGGAGCUGAGGGGUUAAAAAAAAACGCUAAGGAAGCGGUCGGUGACUUCAUCGUCUGGCGCCCGUCGAUCAUUUUUCUUCCACCUAAUAAGUCCAGGACAUCCUCCUUCUUUUCUCCUCUUUCUUUCUUUCUCUUCUGCGGACCAUUUUGACAAUUUAAAUCUGGGUUCACUCCAGUUGGAUUGAUUAGAUCGACUACAGUCUCGACUAAAUCCAUCCGCGGUUCCGGUGUUCUCUCCACAUAAUUUCCUCCUGUGAUCGAGUUGUUCUAUCGCUCAGCUUCAGUAGACAUCGCGCAUCGCACAUUUACCCCGCAAUCAUGUCUGCCACAAGCAGUCCCGUGGAGGCGAAGCUCCCUCAUCGUUCCUCCACCCUCACGAGCUCCAUUGCCCCGGAUCGUCGAGCCUCUAUGAGUGACGAUGAGGCCAUUCCGGAUUCCGAUAGCAGCGAGACUACGAACCUCCUUAACGAGCGUUUGCGCGCCUUGAAGCAUAUGUGUGCUUAUCUGGAGGACUAUGUCAGUGUGACUUCGAAGGUUCAGAGGUCGCAUUCGAAGGAUUAUGAGAAAGUCCUGAAGACUGUCAGCGAUCCGCUGAGGGAAGGACACCAUUUUUCCCAGAACGCUGGCGGAGUGGCUUCUAUGUUUGAGAACCUCCGCGCUAAUACUCAGGGAAUGGUGAAUAUGUACCUUGAUACAGAGAAGAACCUGAAGGGAUCCGUGCUCCCGACCUUGGAACGUCUUCACAAGGAAAUCAAGGCUAAGUCAAAGGAACUCACCGGCGGUGCUUCCAAGAGCGCAAAGGCUGUCGACAAAGCACGAUCUGUCACCCAGAAACACAUUGAGCUCCUUGCUCAACAGACCGCAUCUAUGGAUGCUGCCGCAGGAAACAAGCUUGAGCAGCACCACGACCCUUACAUUUUGCGCCGAGGUGUCACCCAUCGCCUGAACAAGCAGAUCAUCGAGGAGAACAACAACCGCAAGGACAUCAUUGCAGUGCAGAACAACUUCCAGCAGUUUGAGGCACAUGUCCUGCAAACUGUUCAGGGGGCCAUGGAACAAUUCACCCAAUUCAUGACUGGCCAGCUCAACCGCCAGAGCACAAUGUACCUGGAUAUGCUUGGUUCUGCUCAAAAGAUCCCCCCUGACUUCGAGUGGGUCAACUUCAUCACGAAGAAUGACGAUGUCCUUAUCAACCCGGAUGCGCCGCCGAGGACUCUGUCCAACAUCACUUUUCCCAAUAUGGAUCACCGUGCGACCAAGGCACUGAUCGAAGGGUCUCUGGAACGGAAGUCCCGUGCCAUGCUCAAGGGCUAUAGCUCUGGCUACUACGUCGUCACCCCAGCGCGGUACCUCCACGAGUUCAAAGAUGACGACGACUUCCGCCGCGACCCGGCCCCGGAGCUGUCUCUGUACCUCCCCGACUGCGUCAUUGGCGCGAUUGACGGCGUCAAGUUUAGCGUGAAGGGCAAGGAUGUCUCGGGCGGCAAAGUCGGCAACGCAUUCCACACCACCACCGAAUUAAGCUUCAAGGCACACACCGCCAACGAUGCCGAGAAAUGGUGGUCCGUCAUCAAGGAUUGCACCCGUGGCCCGAUGCAUACCACCGCCGCUGCCACCGCCGCCGCAUCCUCCCAGCCGGCAAGCCCUGCCGUUGCCCACCCGCCAGCCUACUCAGAGAAGGCAAACGAGGCAACAAGCCCCGCGCAGGCCACAGCCCCUGAAAUCGCAACCCAGGCCACGUCACCCACGCAGCCUGAGGGCGAGGCAACAGCUCAAUCUCCCGUCUCUCCCCCUGCGGUGUCUCGGACGGCUAGUACGGCUAGUGGACACUUCCACACUGCUCCGGGUGGAACCGCCACUGAGAAAUCAUGAUCUAGGUACCUGAACUCUUUUCUGGUGUAAAAAUUUUUAGUUUGCUUAUAAUAUUUAAUCGGUUGAGCAAUGCUUGUUGAGUCCACUUAGUCGAGUAAUUCACUAGAUGUUCGGUGCAUUUUCUGUCCAAAGAUAAAAAAAAGGAAGAAAGAACCUGUCGAAACACGGCGUUCA